UCAUAGACAUUAACUGCAUGAAUGUGUGAAUUGCCACUGCACUGAAUCGAGUUUCCCCUUGAACAAACAAUCAACAUAGCAGGAGAAGUCCAAAAGCAGAACCAAUCCUUACCUUCCUCUUCUCAACAACAUUCCAAUUCCCAAUAUAACAUAAUCUCUCUGAACCCUUUCCUUCUGUGGGCCUCUCUAUCCCCAAUACUCCAUCAAACCUUUCCUACCAAAUCAUCGCUUUUAGUAAAUACCCUCUUCAUCUCUUUCAUCUCAAUCACAUCCCUACACUCUUUCACCUAUUUCCCCAACUGGGUUCGGAUCAAAAUCUGAUUUUUUUGCCUAUGCUUUUCUGAAAGCCAUGAAUUUCAGGAGCUUGGAGGAUUUCUGGGCCUUUUAUGUCAACCAGCAUUCCAAACCAUCCACGAGGAGGUGGCACUUUGUGGGCACGCUCUUCAGUAUCUUCUUCUUGCUCUGUUCUUUUUUCUUUAGCUGGUGGUUCUUGUUCUUUGUGCCCUUUUCUGGGUAUGGUUGUGCCUGGUACAGUCACUUCUUUGUUGAAGGGAAUGUUCCGGCAACUUUUGGACACCCCUUUUGGUCGCUCUUGUGUGAUUUUAAGAUGUUUGGGUUGAUGCUUACUGGGAAAAUGGAUAGAGAGAUCAAGAGGCUUGGGAAAAGACCUGUGCUGCAAGUUUUCUGAUUUCUAGUGAUCGGAUUGGUCCCUUUUGUUUCAGGUUCGCAAUGACUUUGCAAGAUUUGAAAGAACCCUUUUGAAUGGCAUCACAGUCUAUGAGAAGAAUACCAAUUUGUCUUAUUACACUUCAUAUUCAGAACUUCUGUAUGUAAUUGAAUAAAACAAUCAUUAGAGUUACUGAAUUUCCAUUUGAUCAUCUAUAAAAUAGUUUUUUGCUUUUAAA